GUGUCGUUUCAGUUUCAGAUACUGCGUCCGCAGUAGUUGAAAGCGUCGCGACAUGAACGGAUCUGGUGGAGGCGUCGCGAUAAAUGUGCAGGUUACGUAGUGGGAAGUUCGAAAGCGAUCGCAUGUGGUAGAUAACACCAAACUAAACCAGCCCAACCCUCCGAAACUACCAAAGCACAACCACGUCAAACCUGCCAGACCGAGCAUAUCAUUCUAACCUCAACGCCACCACAAAUCACGUCCUCAUCAAUGAAUCCAUGGAUGCUUUCUUCCUCAACCAAAGCCAUCUGGCCUUCUACAGUACAAACCACGCGGACUUCUCGACUGACAACGUUUCGGACUCGGACGUCAAUAUCACUAGGUCUUUCCCCAGGUUAAGUUCGCCUCUGGCAGUGACCAUAGCAGUAUUACUAGUGUUCCUUUUCUCGCCGAUGAUCCUCAUAGGGAACUCGCUCUUCCUGGUGGCGAUGUACCGGUUCAAAAGAUUGCGCACGCCCAGUAACUACCUCUUCAUGUCGCUGGCGACGUCGGAUUUGGGCAUCGGGAUGUUCAUGCCCAUCGGGAUGUACUUGGAGCUCGGAGGCACCCAGAACUUCACCAGCAUCCGGAUCUGCUUGUUCAGCUACGGUGUCGCCAUCUCGUUGUGUUGUGUGUCAGUGUUAGUGAUGGUGGCCAUAGCGGUGGACAGAUUCACGUCUCUAGCGAGGCCGCUGCGGUACAAUAAUCUGAUCACUCAUUCUGCCGUGGAGAGGUACAUCUUGGUGUUUUGGGCUUACUCUUCAUUGGUAGGAUUCACGCCCUUGGGGUACUCCGUUUUGAAUCAUUUGGAUCAGCGCACAGAGAUUUGUUCGUUCGGCGGUCUCGUAGCCAAACCCAUACAGCUCUUCAUGUUCUGCGCAGUGUACGGCCCGAGCGCCGUCGUUCUACUCGUCUGCUACGGUUACAUCUACGUCGUAGCUCGAGGCCAUGCUCGGGCCAUCCGAUCGGAAGUACGUCAUUCUCGGCACUCGGCUCAACGAGCACCAAUGACGGGAGGGCCAGGGCCGCCUAGAUACGGUUUAGCGUUAGCUAUAACAGCGGGAAUGUUCCUCGUUCUUUGGUUACCAUUCCAGGUAUGCAUGCUGAUGGACGUCUUCAUCGGCACCAACAUCCUCACAGCUUGGAUCUCAGUCUACUUGGCGCUCCCCAUCCUAGCAAGCAGCGCCUUCAACCCGUGGGUCUACGGCUACCGGAAUUCCGAGCUUCGCCGAGCAGUACGCAGAGUAGUAGACGACCUCUUGACUGCCUUAGGCUUCACGCACCGCAGCAGCCACGGAACGUCAGACCAGCUUCCCCCCAGUGCAGCAGCAACAGCUGGAGACGUCGGCUCUUUCAUCAACAACGUGCAGAGAGACUGCUUCGAGUGGAAACCCGCAGCGGACUUCCUCCUGGUGCCCAUGGCGCACCCGGAAAGCUCCGGGGUCGUUUCUGACUGCGAGCAGCGCAUCUUCAGCGAUAAUCCUAGGCUGCUGCUCGCUGGCGAGGCGCCUAGACAGCUGCGGAUGUCCAGAAGCAUGGUAGAGAGCUUCGCCGUGAACCGGGGUUCGGACAUUGUGAUAAUAACCGGGAGGGAACGAGGGAUGAAGCACGGAUCUAGUGUGGUGUGAGGAGGAGAUUUAUGAUGUUGUUAUCCGAAGUUUGGGGAGUAGGAGUGGGAGAUUUUAAGCUUUGUCUAGUCAAUUUCUAUGUUUCUUUGUUUGUGAUUGUUCCAAUGAAGGAUGAAUGGGCGAAGGUGGGUUCUGCUUUUCAGUUGGUGGGAUGAUUUUGGAAAACUAGAUGUAGCUUAUGAAGAAGCCAACUAGGGAGUUCAACACUGAAGAAUCAAAUCGCGAAUGUCAAUGCUAAAUGGGGCUAUCAUUGGCGUGCUUACUCAUAAACAGCCUUGCCUCUUAAGUUGAGUCUAGCACCAAGAUCUGACUAAGGGUAUAUUCUAGCUAGUUGAUAUCAAAUUGAUAUACUUUCGUUUUCCGUUCUAGGGGCAGAAAUGAGUUCAAUUCAAAGAAAGCUAAGACUUGCUGAUAUUGAUGAAUAUAUUCUCAGAAGUUUUGGAAUAAUUCCACGAUGGAUGUCAUUCUCUUCAAUCACCUUUCAGCUAUUUUGAUGAUAACUGAAGUUUAUUCUCAGGGAACUACGCAAAUGAGAGUAUAACAUAAACGUCGCAUCUGAUACAAACAUUUUUCUGGCUACGGAAAAAUAGACAAAUAUCUCACAUGACGGUACUGGUUUCCUCCCAUCAAGAGGCCAAAUGUUUUGUGACUACUCUUGACGACUCAGAUGUUACUCAACUCGUGAAACUUUUCAGUUCCUGAAGGUACGAAGGAUGAAAUACAUAGACUAUUGUCUCGGGCUUCGACAUUAUAAUAGUAGCAACCAAAUGGUGCAAAAUCACCUCUCACAACAGUCAUUGAUUGAAUUGAGGCAUUUCAACUUCAAAAUGAAGACCUUUUGAAUAUCGAUAAUCAAUUAGUCAUACCAUCAAAUUUGAACUGAACGUAAUCAUAUUGGGUUUUGAUUUAUCAGUAUUAUAUUCCAGGCUAUGAACUUCCAUAGUUCUUGAUAUUUCAUCUUGAAAUCUGUUGACCAACUGAUGAGCAGAAUCAUCACCAUGUUGAAUGGCUUAUAUACAGGGUAACGAGCAAAAUUUAAGUUCUUGAGUCGGUUAUAUUGGUAGUUUCAUAUUGAAGCACAUUUUUCUUGUUUAUCAUCGAUAACUUCUCCAUAAGAAACUUACCUUUUAAUGAGAAUGAAGUAUGAGAGUAAAACUGUUACAAAAGCUGUUUAUGAAUAUGAAAAUUUUGCAAAUUUCUGUUGAUACUUCCUUUGAAAAAUGCGAAUGAAACUCCACAACACUUAUGAUUUUAUGAAGUUGCUCUUUCAUUCACUUUGAAAAUAAUUUCCAGAUUCAGUAUACUCUGACCCAAUUGUGAUGAGGUAUAAAAAGUCAACAGUGGACCAUGGAUGGAAUGUUGUAUACAAGUAUGAAUUUAUUUAGAAACGAACUCAUUAUAAUUGUUUUCAUUAAAAUUUAUUUUUUUAUCAAG